UCAGCCAUUUCCUACAGUGAUCCAUUGCCAGCGUCUCGGCACAGCACGGGACGCCCCAUCUGGCCUCAACUUCAUCUGCCUGGGCUUGGUAAACAGCAACAGCUCCUGCACGCACGGUAGCCGGUUGGAUGAGAGACAGUCUAGCGGGUCGGUCGGCACCCACUAGAACUCUGCAAGGCGCUUGGCCCCGCAGGACAGGAGCGGCAUAAGUCACGGAGAGACAUGGCUCUGAAGAUUGUCAAAGGGAGCAUCGAUCGGAUGUUCGAUAAAAACCUCCAGGAUUUAGUACGUGGCAUUCGGAAUCACAAGGAAGAUGAGGCCAAAUAUAUCUCCACAUGCAUCGAUGAGAUCAAACAGGAGCUCAAGCAGGACAACAUCGCUGUCAAAGCCAAUGCUGUGUGCAAGCUCACCUAUCUUCAGAUGCUGGGCUAUGAUGUCAGCUGGGCCGCUUUCAACAUCGUUGAAGUCAUGAGCUCCUCCAAGUUUACGUACAAGAGGAUCGGUUAUCUGGCAGCUUCUCAGUGCUUUCAUGAGAGCACUGAUGUGAUCAUGCUGACAACCAAUCAGAUCCGAAAGGACCUCAGCAGCCCCAACCAGUAUGACACAGGUGUUGCCCUCACUGGCCUCUCCUGUUUUGUGACCCCCGACUUAGCUCGGGACCUGGCCAAUGACAUCAUGACACUGAUGUCCCACACUAAACCCUACAUCAGAAAGAAAGCAGUCUUGAUUAUGUACAAGGUGUUUCUCAAGUAUCCAGAGUCCCUUCGCCCAGCUUUUCCCAGGCUUAAGGAGAAACUUGAGGAUCCAGACCCAGGUGUCCAGUCAGCAGCAGUGAAUGUCAUCUGUGAGCUGGCACGCAGAAAUCCCAAGAACUACCUGUCCCUCGCCCCUCUCUUCUUCAAGCUCAUGACCUCUUCUACAAAUAACUGGGUUCUCAUCAAGAUCAUCAAGCUGUUUGGUGCGCUCACACCACUUGAGCCACGGUUAGGAAAGAAGCUGAUCGAACCCCUGACAAACCUAAUCCACAGUACCUCUGCCAUGUCUCUGCUGUAUGAAUGUGUCAACACUGUGAUUGCAGUGUUGAUUUCGUUGUCGUCUGGGAUGCCUAACCACAGUGCUAGUAUCCAGCUCUGUGUGCAGAAACUACGAAUCCUGAUAGAAGACUCGGACCAGAACUUGAAGUACUUGGGCCUGCUGGCCAUGUCAAAGAUCCUGAAGACCCAUCCCAAGUCGGUGCAGUCUCAUAAAGACCUCAUCCUCCAGUGUCUGGACGACAAGGAUGAAUCCAUUCGCCUCAGAGCUCUUGACCUGCUCUAUGGGAUGGUAUCCAAAAAGAACUUAAUGGAGAUUGUGAAGAAGCUAAUGCUUCAUGUGGACAAAGCAGAGGGAACCACCUACAGAGACGAACUUCUCACCAAGAUCAUCGACAUCUGCAGUCAAAGCAACUACCAAUACAUCACCAACUUUGAGUGGUACAUCAGUAUCUUGGUGGAGCUGACCCGAUUAGAGGGCACACGGCACGGCCAUCUCAUCGCCUCUCAGAUGCUGGAUGUUGCUAUUCGGGUCAAAGCUAUUCGGGCCUUUGCUGUUGCCCAGAUGGCCACUCUGCUGGACAAUGCCCACCUGCUGACUGGCAACAUGCAGCGAAACGGCAUCUGUGAAGUUUCGUAUGCCGCAGCUUGGAUCUGUGGCGAGUUCUCUGAACACCUAGAGAACCCAAUGCAGACACUGGAGGCCAUGCUACGGCCAAAGGUGGCCACACUACCAGGCCACAUUCAGGCAGUGUAUGUGCAGAAUGCAGCCAAGCUCUUUGCCACUGUGCUGAAGAACCAGGAGGGCAACACUGACAGCACAGCUGCACAGGAAACCAUCCAGCUGAUGAUUGAGAGGCUACCACUGUUUGUCCAGAGCGCCAACCUGGAGGUGCAAGAGAGGGCAUCAUGCAUUCUGCAGCUUGUCAAGUACAUCCAGAAGUUGCAGCAGAAGGAUGUGGAAGUAGCAGAGGAAGUGAGUGCGCUGUUUGCUGGAGAACUCAACCCUGUAGCCCCCAAGGCACAGAAGAAAGUGCCUGUUCCUGAAGGUCUGGACCUGGACGCCUGGAUCAACGAGCCUCCCUCUGAGAGCGAGUCUGAGGACGAGCAGCCCAAGGCUAUUUUUACUAAGGAGGAGACCAAACACUCGCGUCCCCGUCACAUAGAGGUGGACGAGAAGGAGCUGGCAAGGAGGAGAGAAGCCAGAAAGCAGGAGCAAGCCAACAACCCAUUCUACAUCAAGGCCUCCCCGUCCUCUCAGAAGGUUUACCAGGACACUCCUGGAGUGGAGCACAUCCCAGUUGUGCAGAUUGACCUCAGUGUUCCUCUCAAGGUUCCAGGUGAGACUCAACAUCAAGGUCUGCCUAUGUCCGACCAGUACGUCAAGCUGGAGGAGGAGCGCCGGCAGAAAGAGAGAGCAGAGAAGAAGAAGAAGGAAAAGAAGAAGAGGAAAGAAAAGCGCAGUGGACGAGGGAAGAGACAUGACUCUGGCCCGGAGAGUGAGGAGGACAUUACGCCUGCACACAUGGUUGACAUAGUUACUGAGGAGAUGCCAGAGAAUGCCUUACCCAGUGACGAUGACGACAAAGACCCCAACGACCCUCACAAAGCACUGGACAUCGACUUGGACAAUCUGGGGGAAAUGGCGGGGCGUAGGCCUCUCGCAGACAGCGAGAAACUGCCAGUCAGGUCACAUCGUGCAGUAGAGGCAGCAAAGAGUCCUGUAGAAGAUGGAGAAGCAGAGACUGCGGCCCCACAGCAGCCCAAGAAGAAGAGUGGCAAAGAUAAGAGGGAUGACAAGAAGAAGGAUAAAGACAAGGAGAGGAAGAAGAGCAAAGAUGAGAAGAAGAAGAAAAAACACAAACAUGAGGAGAAGGAGGAAGAUCUUCUCAGGGGUGAGGUUGAUGAGCCUGUGGUCCAAUCUGAAGGAAUCAGUCAAGUGGCAGAGCUGCCCACAUCCACCAGUGCUGAGGUUUCGGAUCUGGAUUUCUGGCUCUCAAAUGCUCCAGUGCCCUCUAACGCCCAGGAAGUAGCAACAGUAGUAGCAGCAGCAGAAGCAGAAGCCCCUGUGGCUGAGGUGGUCUCAGGAGCAGCACAGGACUCGGAGCCCGAUGAGCCCAAAGACACUGAGAUGGAGGAGACUAAGUCCUCCAAGCAUAAGAAGAAGAAGCAGAAAAAGGAGAAGGAAGAGAAGGAGAAGAAAAAGAAGAAGAGGCAUCAUCACCAUCAUCGUCACAGUGAUGGAGGAGGAGAAAAGUCCGUGCAGAAUGGCACUGUGGAGGAGGAGGAGGAGCCUUUGCCGUCCAUGUCCAAUUACUGCCUGUUGGCUGAGAACUCCUACAUCAAAAUGAUGAUAGAAGACGCUGAUCAGGUUUAUGACAUCCAGGGGAACCUGCAGGACGGCAGUCAGGUCGUGGUGUCUAUCAUAUUUGAAAACAAGUGUGAUAGCUUCCUCAAAUCAAUGGAGUUCAAUGUUCUGGACUCUCUCAACUCCAAGCUUCAGAGACCAGAGGGGUCAGGUCCACACGAUAGCCUCACUGUUCCCUUCCAACUUCCACCUGGUGUCUCCAAUGAGGCGCGAUUUGUCUUCACCGUGCAGAGCAUUGUGAUGCCACAGAAACUGAAGGGAACAUUAACCUUCAUAGUAAAGAACGAGGAAUCUUCUACUCAUGAGAAACUGGACUUUAAACUGCACUUUACCUGCACCUCCUACCUAAUCACUACCCCUUGCUACAGUGAUGCGUAUGCAAAGCUGUUGGAGUCAGGUGACCUGAAGGGAAGCUCUCUCAAACUGGAGGGGGUCAACAUGCCCUUUCACCAUCUUCUAGCCAGGAUCUGCUUCCAUCACCACUUCUCAGUUGUGGAGAGGAUCGACUCCUGUUCCUCCAUGUACAGCAGGUCUAUCCAGGGUCAUCAUGUCUGUCUGCUGGUCAAAAGUUCUGGUCAGACAGUUUCUAUUGAUGCUAAAUGUGACGAGCCGACGAUGCUUGGGAAUGUGCUGGAUGAGAUCAAGCAGACCUUCUCUCAGUGCUGAUUGUGUCCGACAGCCCCAGAAGCCCCUAACCCGGCCAUAUAAGCCCCUCCUCCCCCCUUCGCUGAAACACAACAUAAUCAUAUUACAAACACACUGCUGCUGGCACUUCCAUUGCUGUGUUAUUAGUCCUGAAAUUUCCAAGAUUUAUUUCCCUUGCCCUCUACUUCAGUGUCCCAAACGCUGUUGUUCCCGAGCACUCUGAGCUCUGUUGUUAUUCUCCGACACUUGAUGUUGUUUUGCAGAGUACAUGUCCCCUUUUUUCUGCAGUGCACUUUGAUUUUACUUCCUGGUUUUCAACUUCAUAUGGUUUCCCUUUUCCACCCAGACUCUGACCCUGUACCGUGCUCCUGGUCCUGGAUGCCCUGCAUUUUCUGCUCUAUCCUGUGUACCUCUUUGCCCUCCACUCUAGUGGCAACUUGGUCUAUGACAGUCGUGUUAUGUAAUGUUGACAACUGGACUUUUCUCUGUUGAUGGUUGAAUUGUGUUUUUACUGUUUUGAAGUUUUUGUCUUUUGUUUGUUGUUUUUGUCCUUUUUUUUGUUGAAAGCCUGUCUGCGCCUUUGCCUCACCCCCUUCUUCCUGCUCAUUAAACAAUUGUGACUGAAUCUUUCUCAGACUGGUACUAGCUGGAGAAAUUGGGAUUCUGCUCUUCUCACCCACCUUUGCCAGCGAGCCUAGAGGAGACACUGGGUGACUGCAGUGAGGGUAGAGCAGCAAUGAAACCAAAGCUACAUGUAAGGCAUAGGUCUUUAUCUAGUAUCAGAGCUGUUGCCUUAAUUUCCUUUUGGCAAGGCUCAGAACUGAUCAGCUACUAUGAUUUGUACAGCAGAUCAGUGGUUUUGCUCUGUGCCUUAGUCAUGCAGUCUGACCUACUCCAGCACUCUGUGAGUCUGAUAGAGCCCCAGUUCCCUCUCCAGUAAAUUUGAUCCCUGAUCCAACUGUGCUAAGUUGCACUUUAUCCCCACCCUUCCCACCACCACAUGAAGUUCCAACAAAUCAAUGAUGAAUUUGAAACUGGAAACAGAUAAGUGUUGUAAUGUGAAAUAUAUGCUUUAGUACAGGACAGUUUGCUGUAAGGUCAUUGCCUCCUCUUCAUCUGAAAUCUGGAGUUGUCAGUUAAAUAGAAGAUGUUAUAUUGUAAUUGUAGAGAAGAACUAUUGUAUUAUUAAGAAGCCUCUAUGGUGCUGACUCCCCUUUUUAGUGGCAUCACAUGGUCAGAUUAUUAUUUGCCAUGAAGAAGAGAGCUGCUUGCGUUGCAUUUCUGUCCUCUCAUUUCUCUGAAAAAGUCAAAUAAUGACUAACUAAAUAAUGGACUAUUUACACUAUGAACCUUUCUGCAUUUUUAAAACCUGCUGCUCUGUAUAUCAGGUUGCUGCAGUUCUCUGUAAGCAGAGACUGUGAAGUGGUCAGUGGUUGUCGGUUCUUCUCAAUUAGUCACUGUGGCUUCAUUGCUCUGUCAACAGCAGUAGUUUUGUUUGUUUGAUUUGAAAUCAUGUGAAAUGUUUGCAACUGUGCCACUUUGAUGUUUGCUCACAGUUGCUACACACAGGUCGGUGUUAUUCCCCAGUGUUUCUUUUCCCUUCAACAACUGCCUUGACAAUGUUUUGUGCAUCGACUUGUUAAGAUGGACAUGUAAGGCCAUUUCUUUAGAAAAGAAGUGGCUUCCUCUUAGAAUUCACUCUCAGAGGCACUUGAUUGUUUAGUUUGCAUCAUUUAUGUCACUAUCUAGUCCAGUUAACCUAGUAGUAGCAAGAUCUAAACUGGCGUCUCUGUUUAUAUAAACUGUUAAUACCCCUACACAUCUGUCUGCUAUUGUAGAUAACAACAUAUGAUAAUGAUGUCGGUGACCUGAAGGUCAGAUCAGCCAUUCCACAAGAUGCUCUGCCCAGUUGUAGAGUAUGAAUACAGAGGGAAUCAGCUCUAUCAGUAGUCGAUGGGAAAUGAGUAUAUGUAUUUUCCUGUUCCUGAAAAUGAUCUUGGUGGAACUGAAGAAAGAAAUUACACAUCCCAACUCAUACAUUGUCCUAUUUUGAGUAUUUUCCUGUGCAUAAUAUUUGAUUAAAAUGUGUAUAUUGCAUGAUUUGGAAUGUACACUUUUUGUUUCCCCUUUUUGUUCCAUGGAACAUUUUGUUGUUACACAAACAACAAAAUGUGUCAUUCCAUCUUGUCCUUUUCUUUAGAGUUUGUUUUGUUUGUUUUUGUUUUUUUUACUAUGUUUAAUCGAUCUUUCUCUAUUCCUGGUGGUGUUACAUUAUAAUCUAUUCUAAGAUCAGACAUUUUAAAAAAGUGAUAUUGUUCAAUGUUUUAAAUUAUUAAACACAGUUGAGAAAGGGGGUUGCAUUUGCCAUCAUAACACACAGGGCUUGGGGCUCCAAAUAAUUUGAAUAUAAAAGGUCAUGUGAAGCAGUGUACUGAGAGACAACCCAUUCUGUCCUAAUUCUCUUUUGGUUCAGUUGAAGUGAGUUAUUUUAUCACGUUUGGCUUGUGAGAUUGAAAUAUACUCUUAAGACUUUUUUUUUUUUUAAGGUCCUCUUCAUUUUCCCAUUCUCAGUUCUCCAGCUGUAUAAUGUAGUAUGUUUUAAGGGGGCAAUAUAAUUUAUCUACAUUCCCUUUAAAGAAAGUCCACCCAAAAUAAAAAACAUAAAUAAAAGCUGUAAGAAGCU